AUGAGAGGGCUAUCACCUCCUCUAUAUUAUCUUUCUUUCUUUCUUUCUUUCUUUUCUUUUUUCUUUCUUUCUUUCUUUCUUUCUUUCUUUACACAUUUACAGGGCAUCCCUCCUCUAUAUUAUCUUCUUUUCUUUUCUUUCUUUCUUUUCUUUCUUUCUUUCUUUAAACAUAGAGAGCUAUCACCUCCUCUAUAUUAUCUUUUCUUUCUUUCUUUCUUUUUUCUUUCUUUCUUUCUUUCUUUCUUUCUUUCUUUCUUUACACAUAUGAGAGGGCUAUCACCUCCUCUAUAUUAUCUUUCUUUCUUUUCUUUUUUCUUUCUUUCUUUCUUUCUUUCUUUCUUUCUUUUUUUCUUUCUUUCUUUACACUUUAAUCACCUUUUCUAUAUUAUCUUUCUUUCUUUCUUUCUUUCUUUCUUUCUUUCUUUCUUUCUUUCUUUCUUUCUUACUUUCACCUUUCUUUACAUAGAGAGGGCUAUCACCUCCUCUACCUUUAUCUUUCUUUCUUUCUUUCUUUCUUUCUUUCUUUCUUUCUUUCUUUCUUUCUUUCUUUACACAUAUGAGAGGGCUAUCACCUCCUCUAUAUUAUCUUUCUUUCUUUCUUUCUUUCUUUCUUUCUUUCUUUCUUUCUUUCUUUCUUUACACAUAUGA